AUGAUGCCAACACGAGGAUUGGUAUGGGCAGAGUACAGCAAACCUACGUGCAAGUAUACUAUCCAGGCAGGUUUGGUGGAGCUUGUUCCUGACUACGGCACGGGGGUGGAUCUGCAGGACGCGCCUGUGAAUGGCCAGGAAAAAGGCAGAGAGGGUGGUUUGGUUCUCUCCGGCUGUCAGGUAGCUGUCCCUGCUGCUCGCCGGCCGGCAGCCCCAGCUCAAACCACGGCGACGCGCACCUCGACGAGCGCUGUCAAGCCCCCCGCAACCUCCACCGCCCGCACCAGUGCCAUAGGAGGAUCCAGCCUCAGCAAGCCCGCCACGCGUCCGGCCCCCGGUACUACUGCGCGUAGGACAAUUUCGUCGUCCAAGACAGCCUCGGACCAGGACCCAGAGCUGUCGUCAGUGACAUCGGGAGAGGAGAGCAAGAAGAAGCCGCCUGUGCGCAAGCCGCUUGUCGCGUCUGCUGCAGCUGCUCGACCGUCUCCAGGAAAGCCAGCAUCCAGGCCCUCGCUCUCGUCUUCGGCUGCGACUGCGACAGCCUCCGCAAAGCGGCCCUCGACAACGCGCGCUGCUGCAGACACAGCAACAACUCGUGCCCCCCGUGCUUCCCUCGGUCCCUCAGCUCGGCCGCCGAGCACACGCCCUACUGCUGCUGCCCCUACUGCCACUGCUGCCGCCGCUGCACGCACGACAGCUACUGGUCAAAAGGCGCUUGCUGGACAGGCCAAGAAGCUAUCUGUCCCUACCUCUGCCCCUCCCCCGCCAGGAGUCUCUGAACCGGAGGACACAGUGGAAGAAACAGAAAGCCUCGUUGCCUCCACCAUUAGCCGCAAUGCCGCCUCCGAUGCAGAAGUUGAGGUGCGCAAAUCUGCCCUUGGACCCGUCAAAGCCGCCCUGGCGAAAUUCGGCGAGAGUUCACCCCGACCGGAUACCGCGCCGACGGGCUCUGCCGAGAUGGAUGUGGAGAUGAAAAGGCGGAGCGCCCAGAUCAUGCAGGACUUCUUCAAGGAAACCAGCCUUCGCGAUAAGCUGCAGGAACAGUGCGACGACCUCAGCCGUGAGGUGGACAAUCUACAACUGGAGAAAACCAAGCUACGAAGCCAGCUAGCCGAAGCGCAGGCAGCCAUCACCGAGAAGGACAAGCUCAUUGCAAACGGCUCCAAUGCCGCCUCGUCUUCUGAGCAAAGCGCCCACGAGACCCUAGAGAGAGAGGCCGCCGAAGCUGCCAAGGCACUCGAACUACAGCAGGUGCUAGACGACUUGAAUGCUGAGCUUGAGCAGCAGGGCCGCCAAUGGGACGAGGAAAAGAAGAAACUGGUCGAGCAAGCCACCCAGAUCGAACAGCUUACCCAGGAAGUGGCGACGUUGAAGGAUGAACGCGACAAGCUCUCGCAGGAACUCGAUAUUGCCAAGAAGACGCUGGAAAAUCUGGAAACCAAGUUUGCCGAGCUUGAGCAGAGCCAGGCGGAUAACCUUCGUUCGCGCGAUGCUAAGAUCAUCGAGCUUACCAAGACCGUCGAUGAAUACAUGGCCCAGGUGACAAGCAGAGAGGAACAGCACAAGGAGGCUUUGCAAGAAGCACAGCAAUCCCUCGAGUCCAAAGCUUCCGAGCAUUUGGCGCUUGUCGAGCAACUGCAGACUGAGCUUCAAACAAUCCACCAGCAACACACUGAUGAAUUACAUGCAAAGGAGCAGAUAAUUGCCACACACGUUGAAACCCAGAAGCAACUCCAGGACGACCUGACCAAGCUGCAACAGCGUGCAGAUCAGACCUCAGCAGAUCUUGAGAGCGAGCGCAAUCAAUAUGCUGAACAACUGCAAGCCAAGAUUGACGAGCUUCAGAAGAUUACGGCCGACCAGCUGCGAGCAAAGGAAGAAGAGCUAUCAGGACAUGUCAAGUCUAUUGAGGAUCUUCAGGAGCAGAUUGUGGCGCUUCAACAAGGGUCAACCGACGGUGCCCAGAUUGCUGAGAAGCUUAACAAGGAAAUUGAGGAGCUGAAGAAUGCACAUGAUGCCGCUAUCAAGAUCAAGACGGAGGAAAACGACGAACUUGCGCAGAAAAUAGAUGCUUUGAACAAUCAGCUUACCGCCCAGACCGCCGAAAUGGAGCAACUUAGAGCGGAGGCUGCUGGCUUGCGAAAUACCAUUGAUACACUCGAGACGGCUUCACAGCAGCUGGACUCGCAACACGCUUCCGAGAUUGCAAAAAUCCAAACUAACUUGGACGAAGCUAACAAGAAAUCUGAUGGUUACAAGUCUGAGCUUGACGCACUACACGAGAGACACAAGCAAGACUUGCGUGUCAUUGGCGAAGAUUACGAGCGCGAGAUCGAAUCCCUGAGAGCGGAUCUGGAAGGAGAUGCCACAAGACGGUUGAACACUUUGCAGGCCAACUUCGAUUCUCUUGUUGCUGAGAAGAAUGGAAACUCCGAGCAACACGAGAAAGCACUUUCCGAGCGAUCUCAAGAAAUCGAGGCUCUCAAGCAGGAGAUCAAUGACCUUCGAGACAGCUCUACCUCUGCAACCCGCAACUGCGAUGACGCUCUCGCGAAGCUCAAGCACACUGAAGACGAACUAGCCGCUCUGAAAGAAGCCCACAGCAUUUCGCAGGGAUUGGUCGUGGAUCUCCAAGCACGCAUUGAUACCAUGAGCAAGGACCUUGCCACUGGCGGAGAUCUACAGGCCAAGCUGGACGCGUUACAAGAAGAGAAAGAUGCUACGGCAGAUGCUCACGCCAAGUCUCAGUCUAUCAUUGUUGACUUGCAAGCCCGCCACGACUCCUUGUUGGAAGAGAAGACACUCGCAGAGGAUUCUCAUGCUCGUGCCAUUGAAUCCCUCAAGCAAGGCUCUGAAAGCGAGUCAAAGCAGUUGCUUGCAGAGCUCCAAUCAAAGUAUGACGCUCUCCUUCAAGAGAAGAAAUCAGCCGAAGAUGAGCACCGCUCUGCCGUUGAAACUUUGAAGCAAGAAUUCGAAGGUAAUUUGAGGCACUCCCUUGAGGAACUCGAGUCUAAGUACAAUUUGCUGGCGGAGGAGAAGGGCGCAAUGGAAACUGCGCACAAGGAUGCUCUGGAGGCCUCUAAAUCACAGACAGAAAGCGCAUCUAAGCAACUGCUGGACGACCUCCAAGCUAAGUAUGACACACUGCUUGAAGAGAAGACUACUAUGGAAGACACCCACUUGCAGACGCUACGAGCUUUGGAAGCUGAUUCAGAGCAAUCUACCAAGUCAGCCCUGGCGGAGCUUCAAUCCAAGUACGACACACUGGCGCAAGAGAAGGCUGCUGCCGAUCUUGAGCACAGUCGUACCAUCGCAACGCUCAAAGAAGAGGCCGACACUACAUCGAAACAGCUCCUUGAUGAGCUACAAGCCAAGUAUGACAAGCUCCAGGUAGACUUGAAGACAACUUCGGAGGCUUUGAGUAAUCUCCAGACGAGAUACGAAGUUGUCACUCAAGAGCGAGGUAGCGACGAUGAGGCCCAAAAGGCAGAAAUCCAGAACCUCCAGAGCCAACGAGAUGAUCUAUCUACACGACUCGCAGAGCUUGAGAAGUCUCAUGCAGACAGCCUUGCUAAACAGCUGGCAAUAGAGGAAAGUCAUGCCAAGGCGCUUGAGACUCAGCACGUGGAAAUCGAGCAGAAAUACGCCGCUUUGCUGGAAAUUAUGCAAAACGACACCGAGCGAUUGGAACAAGAAAGGGCAGCAGCGAUUGCAGGCAGGCAAACUGCGCUUAAUGAGCUCGCAUCCCUAAAGGAGCAGUCCGGUUCGUCGGCGAACGCUGAAAUUGCAAGCAAGUACGAAGCUCUGCUGGCGGAGAAGACCGCUGCCGACAAAGAACAUGAGGAUGCUGUUGCCUUACUCAAAGACUCUCUGAAAGCAGAUUACGAGCAGGCUCUAUCCAAGCUGCAGUCGGAGUGUGAUAAGUUGCAACGAAGGAUUGCAGAGACGGACCAAGCACACAGUGACGCGAUGGAGUUGUUGAAAGAGGAAUUCAAAGCUGGCCAUUCGAACGACAUGCAAGCUCUGCGGCAGCAGCUUGAAGCUGUGCAGAAACAGCAUCGAGACCUUAACGAGCAAAAGACGUCGAUGGACCAAGCCCACGAGGAGGCCAUAGCAGAGUUAAUGGCAGGCAUGGAGGCUAGCACGUCAGAAGCUCUACGAGAACUUCGCAAGAAGUAUGAUGACCUUUCAUUGGAACUGGAAGAAGCACAUUUCAAUCACUCUGCUGCACUUGAAGCUGCCAAAAGGGAAGCCGCUCAACAACGAGACAUUUACUGGGAUUCUCAACUUCAGGAGAAGCUCAAGGCUGAUGCUGCUGCCGAAAGUUCCAACAUGUUAGCUCUGGGAGAGAAAAUACGCGCAAUCGAACGUGAGCGCGAUGAAGCCAUCAGAGCUGCCGAAGAAGCCGAAGACCGCAUCGAAACCAUGAAGGGCGAAGUCGUGCGUAAGCACCUGGCCCGUGUCGAACCGCUGGAGAAGGAGAACUUGCAACUCCUCGACAAGAUUGACCGCCUCGAAGCAAUGCUUGCUGCCGGGGACCGGAUUGCUCGUGCUGCUGCCAGCUUGGGUGAGCAGCGGGACAUGAACACUCUGGCAGAAGAGGAAGAGGAAGAAGACAACGGCACAGGCGCUGUGUCUGGUACUCAGCGCCAUGCAACCAACGGCACUGGUGCUGCAAAAGAUGUUGUCGGUACUUUAGCGGCCAUGCAAGAGACGUUAAGCCAGCUCGCAGAACUCAACAACGACGCAAUGGUAGAAAGCACCAGGACAGCUCAACUGCUUACUGCGCAGGAGAACCAGCUGCACACCGGCCCAGACAAGCUUCCCCACCCCACCCUCUUCUUGAUGGACUAAAGGUCUAGGAGCCGAGACAUGAUUGCGAUCAACUGCACGAGGGAAAUGACAUGGAAUGCGUCUCUACACAACUAUAAACUACUUUUAAUCUUUUCCUCUUACCCGUGGCUUGUAUGCCGUUUAGUUUUUUGUUCUCUUGAUGUAUGACUUUUUAUCAUACCCAAUACACUUGCGUCACGUUGUUU